GAGCGUCUCCCACGUGGGUGUAGAGGGUGCUGUCAGUCUGCAGACCUCUCCAGCAGACCACCUUCAGUCCAUUCAAACUGAGCAGCAGAAGUUUCUCCAGGACUCCUCCGGGGCUGAGCGGUAUCUCAACUCUUCAUCCUUUUUUCAUCUUCAACUGCUGGAGCUGCUGCACUCAUGGCUGUAGUGAGGUUCUACAGUCAUGAAGCUGUGGGGGGGCGGGGCUUACAGAGGGCAGCCAAGCUCUACCCCAAGCUGUCAAUCACCACCGAGCUGUGCUACAACGUGGAGCUGACAGGCUGCAGGAGUCUCAGUGCCGACCAGAAGGAGGUUCUCCUCUGGUUGUUCCGUCCUCCCCUGCAGGCAUCACCGCUAUCUGAGGAACCAAACCUCCGAGAGGGCAGCGGGGAGAAACUGGUGGAGAUUGGACCCAGGUUGAACUUUUCUACCGCCUGGUCCACCAACACCGUGUCCAUCUGCCAGAGCGCCGGCCUCACUGACAUCACACGGGUUGAGCUGUCUCGCAGGUUUCUAAUCAAGCCGAAGGACGGAGAGAGCGUGAAGGAUCCUGACGGAGACAUGACGGAGCUGAUCGAGUGUCUCUAUGACAACAUGACAGAAUGCAUCUAUCAACGCCCCAUCACCUCCUUCGCCGUGGAAACCAAACCGCAGCCGGUGUUCGAGGUGGACAUCCUGGGGCGGGGUCGCCAGGCCCUGGAGGAGGCCAACGAUAACAUGGCUCUGCUCUUUGACUCCUGGGAUGUGGACUACUACACGUCGAUGUUCCAGAGGAUCCAGAGGAACCCCACCAGUGUGGAGUGUUUUGACCUGGCCCAGUCCAACAGCGAGCACAGUCGUCACUGGUUCUUCCGGGGGCGGAUGGAGAUCGAUGGGGAGGAGCAGAAGGAGACUCUGUUCAGCCUCAUCAUGGAGACGCAGCAGCACAGCAACCAGAACAACGUCAUCAAGUUCUGUGAUAACAGCAGUGGCAUCAAAGGAGUGGAGCUGGAGUGUUUUUACCCUAAAGAUCCGUCCCGAGCCAGCCAGUAUGAGACACGCCCCUCGCUGAGACACGUCAUCUUCACCGCCGAGACGCACAACUUCCCAACAGGUGUAGCGCCGUUCAGCGGAGCCACCACGGGGACAGGAGGUCGGAUCAGAGACGUGCAGAGCGCCGGGCGGGGAGGACACGUCAUCGCCGGCACCGCAGGGUACUGCUUCGGCAACCUGCACAUACCAGGUUACGUUCUCCCCUGGGAGUCUGAGGGAGAAGACUCGUAUCCUCCAAAGUUCGCCCGUCCGCUGCAGGUGGCGGUGGAGGCCAGUGACGGCGCCUCAGACUACGGCAACAAGUUUGGAGAGCCCGUCCUGUCAGGUUUCGCUCGUUCUUUCGGCAUGCGGCUGCCUAACGGAGAGCGGCGAGAAUGGAUUAAGCCAAUCAUGUUCAGUGGCGGUCUCGGCUCUAUUGAAGAUGCACAUGUGAAGAAAGAAGAGGCAGAGACUGGAAUGGAAGUGGUGAAGAUCGGAGGGCCGGUGUACAGGAUCGGUGUGGGAGGAGGAGCCGCCUCCUCUGUGCAGGUGCAGGGUGAUAACUCCAGCGGCAGAGAUCUGGACGCGGUGCAGAGAGGAGACGCUGAGAUGGAGCAGAAGAUGAAUCGAGCUCUCAGGGCGUGUCUGGAGAAAAGCAGCGGGAACCCAAUCUGCAGUAUCCAUGAUCAGGGGGCGGGAGGAAACGGUAAUGUGCUGAAGGAGCUCAGUGAGCCAGCAGGAGCUGUAAUCUACUGCAGCAGAUUCAAGAAAGGGGACCCCACCCUGAGUGUGCUGGAGCUGUGGGGGGCGGAGUACCAGGAGAGCAACGCGCUGCUGCUCCGUCCGUCAGACAGGGACUUCCUGGAGCGAGUGUGUCGGAGGGAGAAGUGUCCCGUUGACUUCGUGGGAAACAUCACCGGAGACGGCAAGAUCGUGCUGGUGGAUGACCAGGGAGGCCGCGGUGAUCCGGCAGACGGCGGCCGCUGUCCUGUCGACCUGCAGCUGGAGUGGGUUCUGGGUAAAAUGCCUCAGAAGGAGUUUAAGAUGGAGCGCGUGGCUCCGAUCCUGCAGCCUCUCACUCUUCCUGCGGGGCUGAACGUCAGACAAGCACUGGACAGAGUUUUACGUCUUCCUGCUGUAGCGUCCAAACGCUACCUGACCAACAAGGUGGACCGCUCUGUGACUGGGUUGGUGGCCCAGCAGCAGUGUGUCGGCCCUCUUCACACCCCGUUGGCCGACGUGGCUGUUGUUGCUCUGUCCCCGUUCAGCCUGGAGGGAGCAGCGACCGCCAUCGGGGAGCAGCCAAUUAAAGGCCUGCUCUGUCCUGCAGCUGGGGCUCGCAUGGCCGUCGGAGAGGCUCUGACCAAUCUGGUGUUCGCCAAAGUCACAGCUCUGAAGGAUGUGAAGUGUAGUGGUAACUGGAUGUGGGCUGCCAAGCUGCCCGGUGAGGGAGCCUGUCUGUGGGACGCCUGCAGAGCCAUGUGUGAGGUCAUGGGUCAGCUGGGCGUGGCCGUGGACGGGGGAAAGGACUCUCUGAGCAUGGCGGUCAGAGCGGGGACGGAGACGGUCAAAGCUCCAGGUGCUCUGGUUAUUUCGGCAUAUGCUGUUUGUCCUGACAUCACAGCCACCGUGACACCCGACCUCGAGGAUCCAGAUGGAAAAGGCGUGUUGUUGUGGGUUCCUCUCAGUCCAGGCCUCCAUCGUCUGGGCGGCUCGGCCCUGGCUCAGUGCUACAACCAGCUGGGAGACUGCUCUCCUGACCUGGAGACGCCUCAGUUAUUGACCGCCUGCUUCAACGCCACGCAGACACUGUUACACGAUCGUUUGCUGAGUGCAGGACACGACAUCAGCGAUGGCGGCCUUGUUACCUGCUUGCUGGAGAUGGCGUUUGCAGGGAAUCGUGGGAUUGAUGUUGAGUUGUCAUCACAAGGAACUGGAGUGAUGGAGCUGCUGUUCAGCGAGGAGCUGGGUUUGGUUCUGGAGGCUUCAGAGCUCCACGUGGAGUCGGUGUGUCGGAGAUACAGCGAGGCGGGCGUGCAGUGCCACCGCGUCGGCAGGACCUGCGGCUUCGGACCCGAGGCUGUGGUCAGAGUUCGUGUGGAUGGCCAGGAGGUGCUGAGGGAGCCGCUGCCUGACCUCAGAGCGUUAUGGGAGGACACCAGCUUCCAGCUGGAGCGUCUCCAGGCCAACGAGCUCUGUGUCAGACAGGAAGAGGAAGGGCUCGCCAAGAGGACGCAGCCCUGCUUCAAACUGACCUUUGACCCCUCUGAAAUACCCAGCAUCAGCCCUCUCAGUUCAGCUCGUCCCCGUGUGGCUGUGGUCAGAGAAGAGGGCAGUAACGGAGACCGAGAGAUGGCGGCGUCUCUGUAUAUGGCGGGCUUCGAGGUGUGGGAUGUCAACAUGCAGGACCUGUGCUCUGGCUCCGUCACUCUGGAGUCUUUCAAAGCGGUCGUGUUUGUCGGUGGAUUCAGCUACGCGGACGUGUUGGGAUCCGCUAAAGGUUGGGCUGCCACUGUUGCAUAUAAUCCCAAGGCCAAGGCUGAGUUUGAUCGCUUCCGGCAGCGGGAGGACACGCUGAGUCUGGGAGUGUGUAACGGCUGCCAGCUGCUGGCCCUGCUGGGCUGGGUGGGCCAGGGCCAGGACGGAGCAGAGUCCGAGGUGGUGCUGACCCAUAAUAAGUCUGGAAGGUUUGAGUCUCGGUUCGUCAGCGUUGGGAUCCAGAAGUCCCCGUCCGUCUGGCUCCGCGGCAUGGAGGGCUCCGCUCUGGGGGUCUGGGUCGCACAUGGAGAAGGUCUGAUGCAAUUCCGCAGCUCGCCGGCCCAGGACCUGAUUCUCUCCGGAGGGCUCGCCCCCGUCCGUUACCUCGACGACCAGGGUCGUCCCACUGAAGAGUACCCUCUGAACCCAAACGGCUCCCCGCAGGGCGUGGCGGGGCUCUGCUCCAGGGACGGGAGACACCUGGCCAUGAUGCCCCACCCGGAGCGCUGCACCCUGGGCUGGCAGUGGCCCUGGGCCCCCCGGGACUUCAGACCCUCCCUCACACCGUCGCCGUGGCUACGCAUGUUUAGGAACGCUGCUGCAUGGUGCAGCAACACGGAGUGAUACUCAGUCUGUUUACAUUUCUGUUGCUGCCAAAGCAGAAUUACUUUUGGUAACGCUUUAUAAUAAGGUGCUUAAUAACCAUUAAUUAACAAGUAAUAAGGCAUUGUUCUCACUUUAGAUCCGGUAGCUGCAAAAAGCAUAGUUAACUUAUAGUUAACUUAUAAUAGAUGAACAAUAAAGUAUAUUUUAAUAUCAAUAAGCAAACAAAAUAAGAUUAAUAAAGGCAUGGCAAAGACAUAAUGGGUGGGUCAUGGGUGUGUGUAAUGCCAUUAUUAACACUUAUAUAAGCUUAUAAACACACAAUAAUGUUAAUAAGCAUCUUGUAAGGAAUUAAAAGGGCCUUAUUACUUGUUAAUUAAUGGUUAUUACAAGGACCUUAAUAUAAAGUGUUACCUUACUUUCUUAUUUGGGGGUUGUGAGUCAACUGAAACUGUCUUUAUUACUCUAAUCAUGUAAUGCACCUUUAACUCACUGUGGUACUUCACCUGUUUGCAUUAUUACCGUUACCUGCUGUCAUACUUUAAGACUGUGAGACUGUUCUUGUUGACUUUGUUUGCAUUCUUUAGGUUUCAUUCUGGCAAUCGCUGUAUAUUUUACAAACCUGUUGGGUUCUGCUGAGUCAGUGUUGCUUUGCUGAAACUUUAGAAUUUGCUAAUAAAUAAUAAAACCGCAGAAACGUGUGCAGCGUGUUAUAACACAUAAUAAGAAAGGCACAUAAGCCAAUAAAUA